UCGCCGCGCUGGGGAGACGCUCCUUCCUCGAGUGUGAGGCGGCGCUGCCUGAGGCUGCGGCUCCGCGCGCUCUCUGGGCUGCCAGGCGGCGCCGCGCUGUGCUGAGCGAUGGCGGAACGGGGAAUCCAGGCGCGCCGCGUCCUCUCCCCCGGCAGCCGCCUCCUGUUCCUCCUCACCUGCCUCUUCGUGCCCCUGCUCGGGGUGCCCGGUCCGGCCGGCAGAGCCACCGCCGCCAGGGGCAGCGCCCGCACCCCCUACACGGGUGUAUCAGAACCUUCUUUUAUUGCUAAAAGUGAAGAUUGUUUGUUUAAACACUUAUUUCAAGACUAUCAAAAAUGGGUUCGCCCAGUCCAACACUUGAAUGACACAAUAAAAAUAAAGUUUGGUCUUGCAAUCUCUCAGUUAGUGGAUGUGGAUGAGAAAAAUCAGUUGAUGAAAACAAAUGUUUGGCUGAAACAGGAAUGGAUAGAUGUAAAAUUAAGGUGGAACCCUGAAGACUAUGCUGGAAUAACAUCUAUUCGUGUCCCAUCAGAGUCUAUCUGGAUUCCAGAUAUUGUGUUGUAUGACAAUGCAGAUGGUCGCUUUGAAGGAACAUCUACAAAAACAGUAGUAAAAUAUGAUGGGACCGUUGCUUGGACUCCCCCAGCAAACUACAAAAGUUCUUGUACCAUAGAUGUUACAUUCUUUCCAUUUGACCUUCAGAACUGCUCUAUGAAAUUUGGUUCCUGGACCUAUGAUGGCUCACAGGUUGAUAUUAUUCUAGAAGAUUAUGAUGUUGACAAGAGAGAUUUCUUUGAUAAUGGAGAAUGGGAAAUAGUAACUGCAACAGGGAGCAAAGGGAAGAGAACUGAUGGAUGCUGCUGGUACCCAUUUAUUACAUAUUCAUUUGUAAUUAGACGGUUGCCUCUUUUUUACACACUGUUUCUCAUUAUUCCUUGUAUAGGACUUUCAUUUUUAACUGUCCUUGUCUUUUAUCUCCCUUCAAAUGAAGGUGAAAAAAUUUCUCUCUGCACUUCAGUACUGGUGUCUUUGACUGUCUUUCUUCUUGUUAUUGAAGAGAUAAUACCAUCAUCUUCUAAAGUUAUACCACUUAUUGGAGAGUACUUGGUGUUUACUAUGAUUUUUGUGACAUUGUCCAUUGUGGUAACUGUCUUUGCUAUUAAUAUUCAUCAUCGUUCCUCUUCUACUCACAAUGCUAUGGCACCUUGGGUCCGCAAGAUAUUUCUUCAUAAACUUCCAAAGCUACUUUGCAUGAGAAGUCAUGUAGAUAGAUACUUUCCUCAGAAAGAAGAAACUAGCAAUAUCAGUGGAUCAGAAUCAUCGAGGAACACCUUGGAAGCAGCUCUAGAUUCUAUCCGAUACAUUACAAGACAUAUCAUGAAGGAGAAUGACGUUCGCGAGGUUGUUGAAGACUGGAAAUUUAUAGCUCAGGUGCUUGAUCGAAUGUUUUUAUGGACUUUUCUUCUGGCUUCAAUAAUUGGAUCACUUGGGUUGUUUAUUCCUGUUAUUUAUAAAUGGGCAAAUAUAAUAGUACCAGUCCACAUUGGAAACACACACACAUAAAAUAUUGGUGGGGUACCACUUCUGCUAUGAACAUGAUUCUUAAAAGAUACAUGGUAGUUCUAUGUUCAUGCAAAUAGUGUGUAUGGCACAUUUUUAAUAGAAUUAUAAACUUAAGUAUAAGGAAUCAUGCCUAUAUUUAAGCAUGGCAUUUUAGGACAUGUGCAAUACCUACUGCUUAGCUGUUAGCCUACUAAUUCAUUUUUAAAUCUGGACAAAAUCAAACACACCUUUUCAAACACUUGCAUGUAUUGUAUUCCCCCCCACCCCCAAAAUACAGUACAUAGAUAACUGCUGAGAACUAGAGGGAUUUAAAAAACUUUUUAGAUGCUAAUUGUUUUAGAAUUGGCAAAACACUAUAUAAACUAUACACUGUACUACUGAGUGUUAAAAGUGUGAAGAUGUUUAUGUAUUAGAGCAUUGUGGUUGGUUACUUAACUUACUAUAAUGAGCAGAAGAGGAUUUUAAGAGGCUAAGUUCUUUUGAGUGUUCUGAAAAUUUGAGUUUUUAGAGUAAAUUACAAAUAUUAACCAUCUAUUCUAAUACACUUGGUGUAAUAUGUAAAUUAAAAUAAUCUAUGGUUCUAUAUUUGUCUUUAUUCAUACAUUUUCAAUGAAAAAUACUAUUAACUUUAAAGACAUAGCUCAAUUAUCAGUUUAAGUUUGGAAUUAAUACUAUUUUGCGCUUCUGUAAUUUACCAAAUAUAAACCUUGCAACAGGUAUAUAGUAUUGUUUCAGAUAGGGAAAAAGAGGCAAAGAAUUAAAUGACUUGUCCAAAGUUGCACAUGAAUUCUGAAAUAAUUCUGAUUCCUAGUCCUGUGCUAUAACCACAGGACUAUACUUCCUCUCUAACAUCCUUUGUUUUUCAAAAUGACGUUUGUAAGCACUUAUACAAAACAAGAAUUUGUGUCCUGGUUUCUAAAGAAAACUUGCUGAAAGCUGUGUAUGCCUUUUUAACCAAAUUCAGUUAAUUCAGAUUUCACACAUUUAAUAUCCACAUUCUUAAUAAAAUAGUCUCCCUAGAUUCUCCUCACUUUUGGACUCACGCAUAAAUCUGAAUUAUAAGAAUUAAGCUUAGUUGGGAACACAUACUUUGUGGGGUUUUUUUAGUGGUAUUGGCAACUAAAUAUAUUUGCAUAAUAAAACAGCUUUUUUAGUUUUUUAAUUUUUUAAAAUAAAACUCUAUUCAUUGGACAUCUAUUCAAUGUACAGCCAUCUGGUCUGAAGCAAAGUUCUGUCUCUGGAUUUAAUUUUUUUUUAAUGUAAUUCCUAGAUUCCAAAGCCAGAAGGGGCCAUUGUGAUAGUGUUAUCCAGUUGUGGGCAACCUGUGGGCAGCAGGCUGCAUGCAGCCCAUCAGGGUAAUCCACUGGCGGACUGCAAGACAGUUUGUUUACAUUGACUGUCCACAGGCACAGCCACCCGCGGCUCCCAGUGGCCGCGGUUCACCGUUCCUGGCCAAUGGGAGCUGCAGGAAGCGGCACGGGCCACAGGGACAUGCUGGCUGUCGCUUCCCUCAGCUCACAUUGGCCAGGAACGGCAAACCGUGGUCACUGGGAAUUGCAGGCCUCCGUGCGUGUGGAUGGUCAACAUCAGUAAAAUGUCUCGCGGCCCACCAGUGGAUUACCCUGAUGGGCGCCCACAAGCCUCAGGUUGCCCACCACUGGACUAAUUUGACUUCCUGUAUUACAUUGGCCAUAUAAUUUUCCCCAGAAUGAUACCUAGAGCAUAUCUUGAAAGAAGUCAUCUGAUACUGAUUUAAAAAUUUCCAAUGAUGGAAAUUUACCAUGAUCCUUCGUAAAUUAUUUCACUGAUUAAUUACCGUCACUGUUUACAAAUUUAUGCCUUAUUUCCAAUCUGAAUUUGGCUAGCUUCAACUUCCAGCCAUUGGAUGUGUUACACUUCUCUGCUAGAUUGAAGAGCUUGUUAUCAGAUAUUUGUUCCCUGUGCAGGUGUUUCUAGUCUGUAAUCAAGUCACCCCUUAACCUUCUCUUUGAGCUAAGUAGAUUGAACUCCUUGAGUCUGUCUCUGUAAGGCAUGCUUUCUAAUACUUCAGUCGUUCUCAUGGUUCUUUUCUGAACACGCUCCAAUUUUUCAACAUGCUUCUUGAAUUGUGGACGCUAGAACUGGACACAGUAUUCCAACAGCUGUCACAGCAGUGCCAAAUGUUAAGUGCUGAGAAAUGUUGCUGCUCCAACAGUGUUGUUACUGGUCUUGGAGCUCUGAUGUCAGCUGCAUUAGCAGACACUGAAGCAUGUUAAUUUCAGCAGACCUCGAUGUUAUUCAUAAGAACGACCACCGGUUUGGUUCAGUGGUGAAGGCACUCGGCUGACAAAGCACGGUACUAGGGUCCCAUAGGAGCUACAGGUACACUAAUACAUGUAUGCCUGCAACAAUGGUACCAGCUCAGUCAGCACACCAGGACACUGCCCCCUAGGCUGGUCAAAGAUUCCUCUCCUAUGACUUCUUAUAUACACUGAUACAAACAAGUUACGUAUUACACUCCAUAUGUUGUUAGUUACCAGCCCUACACCUUGUACCUGCUAGUUCAAACAAAACUCCAUUAUCCUGUCAUCCAAUCCUUAUCUUACGAGGGGUUGGUGUGUUCCUGUGCCACCUCUUAAGAAUGUGUUUAUGUAGUUACUUGAGAACUCUGGACAUCCUGCACCAUCCUCUCAGGUCAGGAAUGUGGUUACUUGGUGUUAGCUAAUACGUAGGGUGUUGUUAUUUUGUCAAGGCCAGGCCUACUCUGGUUCACAGCCUUUGGUUCACACUGUUAGUUAUGCCUAGGGCUCUAGCAAGGCCUACACAAAACACAGUAAAAUAACCUCUCUACUGCAGGUGAUUCAUGGGGGGGGGGGGUAGGGGAUGAGUGGGGGAGCGGAAGGGGCAGGGCCACAGCCGGAAGAGAAGAGGUGGGACCAGAGCCUCUUCCUGCCACGCUGCCUGGGCCACUGCCUAGUGCAUCGCAAGUAUCAGAGGUAGCCGUGUUAGUCUGUAUCCACAAAAACAACAAGGAGUCUGGUGGCACCUUAAAGACUAACAGAUUUAUUUGGGCAUAAGCUUUCAUGGGUAAAAACCCCACUUCCUCAGAUGCAUGGAGUGAGAAUUACAGAUACAGGCAUAAAUAUAUAUUGGCAUAUGAAGAGAAGAGAGUUACUUUACAAGUGGAGAACCAAUGCUGAAGGCCAAUUCAGUCAGGGUGGCUGUGGUCCACUCCCAAUAAUUGAUGAGGAGGUGUCAAUACAGACUUCAAAGAGAAACUGCAGAGCUACAAUUCAUUUGCAAACUUAACACCAUCAGUUUGGGCUUGAAUAGGGACUGGGAGUGGCUGGCUCACUACAAAAGCAAUUUUCCGUCUCUUGGUAUUGACACCAUCCCUCCCCAGCCAGGCUCUCACUGCUGGACACAGAACAUGCCAAGGUGGGGAGGGGGGGCGGGAGGGGGGACGCUCCAGCUCACUCAGCCGCUGUCCCAGAAGCCAAGCCCGGGGGGCAGCCCACCACCGCUGCCACCAGGUGCUCUCCCAGACAGCUGCUGCGCUGCCCUGGGCAGCAUCCAGGAGCGGUUCGGUCCCACUCCCUGCCUGUGUCUGGCUGCCAAGGAGAGCAGCUGAACAGCCAGGAGAGGGGAGGUCAUGUGUCCUCCCCUUUAGCUGGUAUCCCCCCAGUAUGGAGGGCACCCGUCAUCUACUUGAGCUUCCCCUGUUUAUGCCUCCACUGAUCAGAUUAGCCUUUUUGGCCACAGUGUCUCACUGGGAGCUCAUGUUCAGCAGAUUAUCCAUCUCCCAAAUCUUCUUCAGAGAUCCUGCUUCCCAGGAUAGAGUUCCCCAUCAUGUAAGUGUGGCCUGCAUUCUUUGUUCCUAGAUGUAUACAUUUACAUUGAGCCAUAUUAAAAUGUAUAUUGUUCCCACGUACCCAGCUUUUAUCAAGUGAUCCAGAUAACUCUGCAUCAAUGACUUGUCCUUUACACUAUUUACCACUCCUCCAAUUUUUGUCUUUUGCAAACGUUCAGUGAUGAUUUUAUGUUUUAUUCCAGGUUAUUGAUAAAAAUGUUAAAUAGCGUUGGGACAAGAACAGAUCUGUGCAGGACGCCAGUAGAAACACACCUUCUCAAUGAUUCCCUGUUUACAACUACAUCUAGAGACCUAUUAGUUAGCCAGUUUUAAAUCCUUUUAAUGUGUGCCAUGUUAGUUUUAUAUAGAUCAAGUUUUGUAAUCAUAAUGUUGUGUGAUUCCAAGACAAACAUCUUACAAAAGUCUAAGUCUAUUACUUCAACACUAUUACCUUUAUCAACUGAACUUGUAAUUUCAUCCAAAAAAUAUCAAGUUGUUUGACAGGAUCUAUUUUCCAUAAACCCAGGAUGGUUGAUAUUAAUUAUAUUAUUCUCUUUUAAUUCUAUAUUAAUAGACUCCUGAAUCAGCUGCUCCCUUAUUCUGUGCGGGAUCAUUUUCAGACUGAAAAGUAUAUAAUUACUGGGGUCAUCCAGUCUACCCUUUUUAAAUACUGGCACAACUUUAGCUUUCUUCCAGUCUUCUGGAGCUUUCCUGAAGUUUCAAGACUUAUUAAAAAUCAGUAUUAAUGGUCCAUCUAGUUCUUUAAAAACUUUUAGAUGCAAGUUAUCUAGACCUGCUGAUUUAAAAAUGUCUAACUUUAUUAGCUGCUGUUUAACAUCCUCAUGAAAUACUAGUGGAAUGGAAAGAGUGUUCUCAUAUGAUAUGACUAUAUCAUCUGUUUUUUUCCCAAAUAUAAAACAGAAAUGUUUAUUGAACUCUUCUGCCUUUUCUGCGUUAUUAAUAAUGAUUCUACCAUUUCCAUCUAGUAAUGGACCAAUAUCAUUGUCAGGAUUCUUUUUGUAAACAAAACUGUUGUCCUUAACUCCGCUGUCCAUGGAUUGCUCCUUGUGUCCCUUUGCUUCCCUUAUCAAUCUUUCUGCAAUUCCUAGCUUUUGAUUUAUAUUCAUUACUGUUAACUUCCCCUUUCUUCCAUUUGUUAUCUAUUAUUUUUGUAUAGCUCCCUUCACUUCCCCUCUCAAUCUCAAGUCAGUUUUUAGCCAGUAUGUUCUUCUUCCUCGAUUGUGGAAUUGUGGCUUUUUGGGCAUCUAGUAAAGUGUCCUUAAAUGAUUCCCAAUUAUCAUUCAUGUUUUUCUGAUUAAAUUCAUCCAGCUGAUUUGGCUCAUACUUGUUUUCAGCUUUGUGAAAUUGCCCCUUUAAAGCACCAAGUAUAAAUAUUACUGGUCUGGACUUUAAUGUGUUUGCACAUUAUGAGUUUGAUCACGUUCUAUGAUCACUUCCUCUUUAUCAGUCAAGAUGCCGUCUAAUAUAGAAUUCCCCCGUGGUGGAUGCAACACUUCUUGAGUUAGGAAAUUAUUAGCUAUAAUAUUUAGAAAUCCCAAGGAUGUUUGAGUACCGGCAGCAUGAGACUUCCAGCAUUUGUCACUCAAACUGAAGUCCACCAUGAUCAUGCAGCUUUUCCCUCUCGCACAUUAAAAAUAGUGCAAAAGGAGAUGGUAAUCCUGUUCCCUCAUGUGAUUGGGUGGUCUGUAGCAGACACCAACUAAUACUCCAUCUUGUGCUUUAUCUCUUAGGACAUUGAUCCUUAAGCAUUCAAAAUCAUUUUUCUUCUGAAUUAUCAAUGACUUGGAAACAAAGUAAUGCCACUUUUGAGAAAGAGUGCCACUACCUUUCUUCUUUUGCUCACUCAGUUCUUUCUAAGAGGUUAUAACCAUUGAUUGUCACAUUCCAAUCUUACAACCCUCCCAUCAGGUUUCAGUAAUACCAGCUAGAUUGAAUUUAUGCUCAUAUUGUGCCCUGGAAUCUAAGAUCUCCCUGACUAUUCUACGCUGCUGUUUUUAACAUGAGUAUGUCAUACUAUAGCAGCACCCCCACAUCAAGUUUAAUUCAGUAACCCAAACAAGAACAUUUUAGAGAAUAUUUUUAUUUAAUACUUGUUUUAAAAGCUAGAAAAAAUAUUGAUUUUGCUAUUUAGCUACUGCCAUAAAUAUAAAGGGAAGGGUAAACACCUUUAAAAUCCCUCCUGGCCAGAGGAAAAACCCUUUCACCUGUAAAGGGUUAAGAAGCUAGGAUAACCUCGCUGGCACCUGACCAAAAUGACCAAUGAGGAGACAAGAUACUUUCAAAGCUGGAGGGGGGAGAAACAAAGGUUUGCUCUGUCUGUAUGUUGUUUUGCCAGGAACAGAAAAGGAAUAGAGUCUUAGAACUUAGUAAGUAAUCUAGCUAGAUAUGCAUUAGAUUCUGUUUUGUUUAAAUGGCUGAUAAAAUAAGCUGUGCUGAAUGGAAUGUAGAUUCCUGUUUUUGUGUCUUUCUGUAACUUAAGGUUUUGCCUAGAGGGAUUCUCUAUGUUUUGAAUCUGAUUACCCUGUAAGGUAUUUACCAUCCUGAUUUUACAGAGGUGAUUCUUUUAUUUUUUCUUCAAUUAAAAUUCUUAUUUU